GCCUGCGCAUUGCUUGCGUCUGCGCAGUGCGGCUCAUGGCUCUUUGAAGUAGGGAGGAGUAUCAUCAUAACUCCGGUUGUCACCGCCGUCGGCCUUAGAUGUGCCUCAUCCGGUUUUCCCUCAGUGACUAAACCAAGAGAGGAGGAAGCCGCUUUAACAAUUACGAGCUAGCAGGCGACGCAGCCCUGUAAGGGCCGAGUGGGGCCGUCUCGGGAGGGCGACGGGAGGAAACGCCCCCCGGCCUUCCUCCUCAGAGGAGGGGGUCGAGUGCCGCCGCCCAGGCCUGCUCGACUUGUUUGUAAAUGCCUGACAAACAGGUAGUCAAGAAUGAAGAAAGCAAGCCGGACUGUUGGUUCAGCACCCAAAGUCCCAGGGAUAAGUAAAAUACAAACAGUUGAAAAAGUUAAAUCUGAAAACAGCUCCACGGUGUCUGUAGUAGCAAAACUUUCAAAAACUGGGUCAGCAGCAUUAUUGAAGACAAAAAGCAAUGAAGAUCUUUUAGUUGGGAUGGCUGGUGGGAUUACUAUGAGCAAUGGUGUGAAGGGAAAGAAGAGUACUUGUACUUCCACAGCACCUCCUACUGCAGGAACCACUAUGAACAACUUGGAGAACAAACCGAAACCCGUUACAGGUACAAGUUCUGCAGCUAAGCGUAGUACUUCGGCUGGAAAUAAGGACUCUAACUCUUCUCGGGAAAGAAUUCGUGACCGUUCCCGGCUGACUCAAAGUAAAAAACUACCCCCAACAGGACAGACAAGCAAUGACACAGUCCUCGCAAAGCGCUCCCGUAGUCGUACUAACCCAGACUCUGAUGUUCGAAUGAGCAAGUCUAAAUCAGACAAUCAGAUCAAUGACAAAGCUGUUUUGGAAGCAAAAGUGAAAGAUCUUCUAACAUUAGCCAAAACGAAAGAUGUAGAGAUCUUACACCUGAGGAAUGAGCUCAGAGAAAUGCGUGCUCAACUAGGCCUUAAUGAAGAUCAGUAUGAGGGAGAUGAAAAAUCUGAAGAAAAAGAAACCAUCAUUGUCCACCAGCCGACUGAUGUAGAAUCUACAUUACUGCAGUUGCAAGAACAAAACACUGCCAUCCGGGAGGAACUCAACCAGUUGAAAAAUGAAAAUCGGAUGUUGAAGGAUAGGUUAAACGCUUUAGGAUUUUCUUUGGAGCAAAGGCUAGAUAACACUGAAAAACUAUUUAGCUACCAGUCUUUGAGCCAAGAAAUUGCAGCAGGAAACCACAGUGAUGGUGGGGGCACCCUUACAUCUUCAGUGGAAGGUUCUGCUCCUGGUUCAGUAGAAGAUCUUUUGAGUCAGGAUGAGAAUACUUUAAUGGACAAUCAACAUAGUAACUCCAUGGAUAAUUUGGACAGUGAGUGUAGUGAAGUUUAUCAGCCACUCACUUCAAGUGAUGAUGCCUUAGAUGCUCCAUCGUCUUCAGAGUCUGAGGGUGUGCCAAGCAUAGAAAGAUCAAGAAAGGGGAGCAGUGGCAAUGCCAGUGAAGUGUCGGUGGCUUGUUUGACAGAACGGAUACAUCAGAUGGAAGAGAACCAGCAUAGCACAGCUGAAGAACUUCAAGCAACUCUUCAGGAACUUGCAGAUUUGCAGCAAAUUACUCAAGAAUUGAACAGUGAGAAUGAAAGGCUUGGAGAAGAAAAGGUUAUUCUUAUGGAAUCUUUGUGCCAACAGAGUGAUAAGUUGGAACACUUUAGUCGACAGAUGGAAUAUUUCCGAUCACUUUUAGAUGAACAUCAUAUUUCUUAUGUUAUUGAUGAAGACAUGAAAAGUGGGCGCUAUAUGGAACUAGAGCAACGUUACAUGGACCUUGCAGAGAAUGCACGUUUUGAAAGAGAGCAGCUCCUUGGUGUCCAGCAACAUCUGAGCAACACUCUCAAAAUGGCAGAACAAGAUAACAAGGAAGCCCAGGAGAUGAUAGGAGCGCUGAAGGAACGGAAUCACCACAUGGAACGGAUUAUUGAGUCAGAACAGAAGAGCAAAAACACUCUAGCAGCCACCUUGGAUGAGUACAAAGCCACAGUAGCUAGUGAUCAGAUUGAGAUGAACAGACUGAAAGCUCAGUUGGAGCAUGAAAAACAGAAAGUAGCUGAACUAUAUUCCAUACACAAUUCUGGUGACAAAUCAGAUAUACAGGACUUACUAGCAAGUGUCAGGCUUGACAAGGAAAAAGCAGAAACAUUAGCCAGCAGCCUACAAGAGGAGUUAGCUCAUACACGCAAUGAUGCCAAUCGCCUACAGGACACCAUUGCGAAGAUAGAAGAUGAAUAUAGAGCUUUCCAAGAAGAAGCUAAGAAGCAAAUUCAGGAUCUGAAUAUGACUUUAGAAAAGCUUCGGACAGAGCUGGAAGAAAAAGAAACAGAAAGGAGUGACAUGAAGGAAACCAUAUUUGAAUUGGAAGAUGAAGUAGAGCAGCAUCGAGCUGUGAAACUCCAUGACAAUCUCAUUAUAUCAGACUUGGAGAAUACUGUAAAAAAGCUUCAAGACCAAAAGCACGACAUGGAAAGAGAGAUCAAAACUCUGCACAGACGGCUCAGGGAGGAGUCUGCAGAAUGGCGACAGUUCCAAGCUGAUUUGCAGACUGCUGUGGUUAUAGCAAAUGAUAUAAAAUCUGAGGCUCAGGAAGAAAUUGGAGACCUAAAGCGCAGGCUCCAUGAAGCUCAGGAGAAGAAUGAGAAGCUAACUAAAGAGUUGGAAGAAAUAAAAUCACGCAAGCAGGAAGAGGAGCGUGGUCGUGUUUACAACUACAUGAAUGCUGUUGAAAGGGACUUAGCAGCUCUGAGACAAGGAAUGGGGUUGAGUCGCAGGUCAUCCACUUCUUCAGAGCCAACACCCACUGUGAAAACUCUCAUCAAAUCCUUUGAUAGUGCCUCACAAGUUCCUAGUCCAGCCGCAACUACAAUUCCUCGUACCCCUCUGAGCCCAAGUCCUCUGAAAACACCUCCUGCAGCUGCAGUAUCUCCGAUGCAGAGACAUUCUAUAAGUGGACCAAUAUCUUCUUCUAAACCCCUCACAACUUUAUCAGAUAAAAGAUCAAGUUACGCAGAAAUCCCUGUACAAGAUCACCUGCUGAGAACUUCCUCUGCCAGCAGACCAGCUUCUUUGCCAAGAGUGCCUGCCAUGGAAAGUGCCAAAUGUAUUUCUGUGUCUCGGCGGAGCAGUGAAGAGAUCAAGCGGGACAUUACUGCUCCUGAUGGAGCAACUCCAGCCUCUCUGAUGGCCAUUGGGACUACUUCACCACAACUGUCACUCUCUUCUUCACCUACAGCAUCUGUCACUCCCACAACACGUAAUAGAAUAAGAGAAGAAAGGAAAGAUCCUUUGUCUGCUCUGGCAAGGGAAUAUGGAGGUUCCAAGAGAAAUGCUUUACUGAAGUGGUGCCAGAAGAAGACAGAAGGCUAUCAGAAUAUUGACAUCACAAACUUUAGCAGCAGUUGGAACGAUGGAUUGGCUUUCUGUGCUGUUCUUCAUACUUACCUCCCAGCUCACAUUCCCUAUCAAGAGCUGAACAAUCAAGAUAAGAGGAGAAAUUUCACUCUGGCUUUCCAGGCAGCAGAAAGUGUUGGCAUCAAAUCCACUUUGGACAUUAACGAGAUGGUACGAACAGAGCGUCCAGACUGGCAAAAUGUCAUGCUCUAUGUUACAGCAAUAUACAAAUAUUUUGAAACCUGAGAACCUGAUAACAAAGAAGAACGUUAAGCAAAUCCAAAAUCCAACUUGAUACAGUAAUCUCAACCGGCACAGUCCACAUCCCUCGACCUCCAAUGAAACUCCUACUAUUUUGAUGGCUUGUGAACAAGGUUUUGUUACAGUGCUUAUAAAAAAAACCCAAAUAGCUAAACUAGCUGGAUUAAGUUAUUAGCCCAGAAAGCUUGAACUUUAAGAACCCGAAGCUCUCAUGCUUUUAAAGAAGAGGAGUGAAUUGAAUGGAUGCCACAGAAUACACAAGAUUUAAAUGGACGGCUGAAAGUAAGAGAUCUGUAUAAUAAAAUUACUAAGAAUGGUGUCACUCAGAAAACACCCCCAAAGGUUGGAUGAAUCAUCUGCUCAUGGCACCUCAAGUAUGGGAACAAGUUACUUAUAAUCUAGUUAUUGCCUUAUAUCUCCACCUCUGCCAAGUGCACAACUUUUAUAGGAAAUAAGAGGUUUGGUGUAUGUUUUUCCCUUUAUGUCAAGCUCAUCUGUCUGAAGAAUGCUGUCACUUCUGAGAUGAGACUGGCUCGGUGCAAAAGCUAUUCAGUUUAAGGAUAUGUGUUUAAGCCUACCUCUGCUCAGCAAUAAUGGCUUCCAACUUUAUUACUGGAUUGACUCCAGCAUUAGCACACAUAGUUCCCAUUAUUGUAUUUUUGUUUUCCUAUAGGAAUUUUCUUUGUGCGGAUUUUAAAUUUUUCUCCCUGCCUCCAGGUUGGCAAAAUGGAACCUUUUCUUUGCAGAAAUUCUGAUAACAGCAUUAAAAGAUUAGAAUAAAAUUGUUUUGGUCAUUGGACAGGGGUGUGCUCCUUUUAAAAAAGCAGCUUAGUUUCUCACCGCUGUGGCCAUCCAGAUUUGCAGUGUGUUUUGAUCUCUGCAUCCACCAAGAGCUGCUGCUGCGUGUCCUGAAUCUAUUUACAAGGGGUUUCCAUUAUUUCCCUCACAGGCCUUGUUGAAAUGAAUAGCACUUGCCCAGCAGUAUUACUUGGUAGGUUGUGCAUCUUAGAUUAAACUUAUUUUUAUAUAAUAUUAACAGUACCAUCCUAAACAAAGUUCCACCUUUCUAAGCCCAUUGACUUCUGUGGGCUUAGAACUCCACUUAGGAUGGGAUUGUAAAGUUGGUAAGGGAAGAAAAUGUAUCUUGAGUUUGUAUUUUGUUGUUGAAUGCACCUAGCAAAACUUUUGGGGUGAAAACUAUUCAUGCAAGUGCCUUACUUGCCCUGAGCUGAGAGAAGCUUCAGCUCCAGGGCACUGCACAGAAGACCUAAGGUUUCUAGCAGCAGUAGCAGGACUUGGAUGAAGGACUGCUGUGAUUCUGUCCUUCGGAAAUUAUGAAGCCUCUGCUUUUGCCAUGGAACAGUUCAGCCACAGUGGAGAUCCUGGAACUGUCAUUGUUGGGUUGUUUGUUCGCUAAUGAACUCUGUUAGCCUUUGUUUAUAAAUGUACUUAGCUAUUUUCUAGUCAACAGGCCAACUAGGCAUACUAAUUUUGCAAUUAUUUCUGUAUACCUGGAACUCUUAAAGGACACUUCGAAUGUCAUAGAUGUGUGAAUUCAGGAAUGUAAACCAGAUCCCAGGCUGGUUAUCAGAGAACCCCCAGGACAGUGUACAGAUGCCAGAACAGUAUCUUGAGGCAGGCCAGAACAAGCUCUGAAGAGCAUAGCCAGGAUCAGCUUCAUUAUGCCUCCAGUAAAUGUUCCAUUUUGAACAUAGUUUACAGUACAGAGACUUAAAGCAAAACUUGUUCAUGGCUAUAAAAUGCCUUUCCAGGGCAACUCUUUUUUUCUAAUGACUUUCCUCUUUUCAAAUCUGCAGCUGACAUUAAGGACUCCUGCAAGUAACUAAAAUACUUUAGCCUGUGAAUAAACAGGGUUGACGUUUCCCAGUGAAGGGAGUAAUAUUACAAAAGUCUUUCUUUUCUCUCAUUGUGAAUGAAACUUGCCCAUUUACAUUUUUCCUUGUUCAAUCCUAAAACUAGACGCUAAAACAUCUUCAUCAUUUUAUUGCCGAGUCCACUGCUCUGGUUCAAAGGAAGGUGCACCACUCUAUGCCAAUGAACUGACAAGUGUCUUGCUCCGCAGUGCUGCCUCUUUUAUUUAUUGCAUUGUAACUGAAGAACAUAAGAGACCUCUUUCAUCUACAUCCAGUUACUGAAAUUGAGCCUAUUGGCAACAAGACACAUUUUGAGCAGAAUCCUAUUUAUAAACUUGCUGAUUCAGCUUAAAGUGCACAAGGUAAAGCACAUGGACAUGGAUGAAAGAGGGACCUUAGUUAUGAAGGAAGUGAGAGGCAAACAGGUGAUCAUGUUGGUGUAUGGAGCAAAACUUAACUGUAGAUUGCUUCCUUGCAAUGAUUAUCUGAAACUUUUUGUGGCGUGAAGUCUGACCUGUAGAGAGAUCAUGUCAGAGAAAUUAUUUCACCAAGAGAAACGAGAUGGAAUGUAUGUGUGGUUUUUUGGGUUUUUUAAAAUUCCACUCAACAGCAGAAGAUGGGCUCAAGGAGAAAAAUCUUUGCUCUUGGUUUGAUUGUGUACAAAACUUAUAUUGAGAAGGCAUUAUUCAGCUCAUCACCUUAAAAAGACCUAUUAAAUUUCACUUUAUUGUAAAAUGCAUUCUUGCUGUUUUCAGUUUUUGUUCUAUUAAAUAUUUUUAAAUGUAGGGUAAGAAGGACAA